UUACUUCGCUCUCUAGCGGUGCAACGGGGGUUUUCCGACCGCCUUCUCUUUUGGUGGGGCUUACGGGAAAAUCGAACGUCCGACAAAUGUUAUUUUCCCCCCUAAACUUCGAAACUUCCCGUCUCCAAUCCACCCCAAAAUUUAGGGUUUAAGGUGUCGGUUCUCGCCGGAAAUCAGAGCAAGAAUAGUGGAUCAGAGAUGGGCUCGUCCCCGUUGCCUCGAAGCUCGAAACCCGGGCGGCUGUCCCCCUUCUUCCGCGACCUCGCCACACCGGUCUCCGCCCACCACCGCGGCGGCCGCUUCGCCACACCCGGCCAGGCUGCCGCCGUCUCCGCCCUCUGGCGGGAGAACUUCUCCUCCUCUGACCCCCCUCCGCCUCCCGUCUUCACCCUCGACGACCGCGCCGACUUCUCCCCCGAGCCCGCCCUCGCCGAGAUCCCCCCACCCUCGCCGGCGUCCCCGUCCGGCACCAGGAGCGGGACACCGCCGCCGUUCUCCCGGGGCGGUAGCGGCUCCUUUUCCCGCUCCCCGUCGCUCUCCUCUCCCUCGGCUUUGAAAAUUAGGGCAGAGGUGAAUGGGUCUGAAGGGAAGCAGGCGGCGCCCCAGAGCCCCGAGAGCUUGAGCUGGAUCCACCGGGGCGAGAAGGACAGGGGUUCGCCGGUGGAUGGAGUGGUCGAACCGGGGGCCUUGCUUAUGCUUCCGCCGCCGAGGGAGGUGGCGAGGCCGGAGGCGCAGAAGAGUAGCAGCGCGCCCAACGGAGGGCUAAACGAGGAGGCGUGGGUCACUGUUUUUGGGUUCGCUCCUGGUGAUACCAACUUGGUACUACGUGAAUUUGAGAAAUGUGGUCCAAUAUUGAAACAUGUCCCUGGUCCAAGGGAUGCUAACUGGAUGCACAUUUUAUAUCAGAACCAGUAUGAUGCUCAAAAGGCUCUUGCAAAGAAUGGGACGCAAAUUAACAGUGUUCUCAUAAUUGGGGUGAAACCUGUGGACCCUAUGCAGCGCCAAUUUCUGACUGAGAAGCACAACACCAUGAGUCAUGGGGGCUUCAUGGUUUCAUUGCCCUCAAAGUCGUCAUAUACUGCAAGGAGUUCUGCUGCACCGAGUUCUUUGGGAGCUCUCCCUUGCCCCUAUCAUCCACAAACCAGCGGCAACACCAUCAGUGACAGUGGACGCCAUUCUGCAGGAACCAUAGCUUGCCCAGCAAAAUCAGUUGCAUCAAAAGUCCUGGAUUUGAUGUUUGGCAUAUGAGUUGGAUAAGUGCCAACUCUUUGCUGAGAUGUAUUCAGUUUUGUCAUGCUUUCCGGUCAGGUGUUUCUUUUUCCUUGCUGCAGCUAUUGGAGUACAUUUGGGCAUCUCACUGAAGUCAAAAUCCUUUUCUUCAGGAUGGCUAAUAAGGAUCAUAUAAUCAGAUUGGUUUAACCUUGAUUUUUGCUAUGUUACAUGCAAAGUAUGCCUGCUGUCUUCUUGUAUGCUUGGUGAGUUCAAAAGGUAUGUGGUAGACUUGUAAUGUUACCUUGAAGUAUUAUAGCAGCUUUUCUUGUCUGCCACCCUUGUAGUGUAAUGUAAUCUGAGUUUAUGCCAACUGUUACACAGACCCAGCAGAUGAGUUAGCUCUUUGUUAUUUUUACAGACAAAUUGAAACUUGAAUUAUAAUCCUGUGGCUCUUUCCCUGAGAA